ACAUGGUGGAACACAUUUGGGUUUGCUUUCAUGAAAAUAUGCAAGCGGACUGGAAUGCACAGCUUAAAUCCUGUGAAUGUUUACUUGACCCUACCCCCACUACACACUGUAGCGCUUGCUUCUAAGGAAUUGCCUAAGAUUAGAACUGGGCUGUUAAAAUACACAUAAUCCUCAAAAUAAAUCCUGUGUCACUGCUGAGAUUGCCUGCUAAGCAAGCAUGCAGUAGGGCCAGGCUGCCGUUCUGUGCAGAUGUACAUGGAGAUAAAGCUGACUGAAAGCAAGAUCUGUUUAUACGACUGGGCUAUGAGACAUAUUUUGGAAUAGAAGAUAAGAUUACUCAUUCUUAAAUGUAAUAAAUGGUCUAGCACCUAUCAACCUUUAUUACUCACAACACUGAUACCCUGGAUUGUGCAAGUGUCUUCUAAUCUUGUUCAGCUGAGCUGUGCUGUUACCAUGAUGUUCUAGAAUGUGGGGCAAUGAAGGAGAACAAGUAAUCUGAUGUGGAAGCAGCUUUAGUUCUGUUGUGUUGAGGGGCUUGUAUACAAAGGAUUACUUUUUUCUUAACCAAAUGCAAACCUUAGUGUAUCGCACAACAUAAAAGUCUGAGCUGAAAAUGGAAGUAGGUAUGGCUGGGAAAAACAUAAGUUAGUCUUGGAAUAGUCAUCUCAGAUUCCUGCAAGAAAUAGAAAUUGAUUAUUAUAUGUUAUCAAUUAAUUAUGCAGUGAUUUCAUUUUGAAUGGCCACUGGGGUUAGUGUUCAAAUACUGCAGUACUGUGUGACCUACUGGGACAGAGGACUCGGGGGUUCUUCUCUGUUAAGCUUGCUUGUACCUUGAGCCAAUCACUUUCUUUCAGCUGGCCCUGCUUCACAGAACUGAUGGGAGGUAAAAUGGAGGAAUCAUUAAACCUACCUUGGGAUACUUGGGAGAAGAGUGUGAUAUAAAUAUUUAGCCAUUUUUUGGCCCUUGAACUUCCAGGAUUUUCCAGCUUUGAUCAAACUACCUCCUUCAAUAAACAGAGGAGACAACUGUAAGUUAGUUAAGAAGGGAGCGGGUUUAUAUAGCAGAUCAAAGGUUUUCUGGUCUAAACACUGGCUUUUGAAACCUGACCUUUCUUCCACAGGAGACGCAGUAUUCUGCCUUUUCUCGUGAGCUGUGACUUGCCCCGUCUUAAUAUCUCUGCGCCUGAUACAAGUGGGAAAAUGUAGCUAUUGUGGCUGUUCAGAGUUUAGAUUCCUAGGUUUGGAGGUUUCAAAAUCUACACUCCCUGCAUAAAUGACAUAUGGAGGAGAAUCGAGGGUCAUCUCCAAGGCGUUUCGUUCCCCACAUCUGAAUUGCUUGCGUUUGGACUUCUGCAGGCCUGACCUCUGCUGCAUAAACUUCUGCCAACUAGACAUUUUGGUUUUCCCUUGAUAGCAAUGAGGCGUGAUAGACCACAAGAACGGGCAGCUAGCUGGCCAGCAGAGCAUAUCAAGGUGCUCCUUGCCCUCUGGACUGAGGCAGCGGUCACUCAUGAUCUUAGCUCCCACGGCAGGAACCGUGCAGUCUAUGAUGGCAUUUCUCAGCGCCUGGCAGAAAUGGGCAUUUACCGAACCGGAGACCAAUGCCGUGAAAAAAUGAAAGGCCUGAAAGUGGCUUACCGCAAGGCUAAGGAAAAUAACUCUGUGGGGCGGCCGCCUAUCAAAUGUCCAUUCUAUGAUGAAAUUGACCAGAUAAUGACACAGUAUAUAAACUGCAGGCCAGGUUUUCCCUCCGAGGCCAGCGAAGGGUCCAGUGUCACUGCAGACAGACAGGAAGGGCUCUCCAUCUCUGAGCCCUGGGGGACCCAAUCCAGCAUCUCUGAGCGUUGGGGGUCCCAGGCCUCUGGGCACUGGCUGUCACAAACCACGGCCUCUGAAAGCCAAGGGACCGAUGAAUUCGGCUAUGCCCAGGCGGAGUCUCAUGAUGCUUUUGGUGAGAUCCAAGUCAUCCCAGUUCAGGUGAAGGAAGAGGAAUCGGAAGAUGAAAUCUCACCUGAGCUGGAUGUGGCCUCUCCUAUACUAAUGGAGAUCCAACCUCCACCCAGACAGCUCAUCUCCAUGCUUGACCAACGUCCCCAUCUUCGAACUCGAAAACAAAAGGCGCAGGGGGAUGGGCAGUCGAGGGGCACUGGCCAGAAAUGCGGUCGUUCCCAUCAACCGGAGUUGCAAAGAAUGCAGAAACAGGUUGCCAUCCAAGCUGAGGAAAAACAGAGUUUAGCAGAGUUCAUCCAGCAUGACAAGGAGAUGCGGCGUGAGGAUAGGGAGUUCCAGGCCCAGCUCUUUGAGAAACUUUUUCAGAAGCAAACUGAGCUUGUCCAGGUGCUGACUCAACAAUCUCCUGCCAGUCCUAGUUCUGCCUGUCCUAAUCCCAUGCAGACCUUGCAGAUGUCCACAAAGAAUGGAGCAGGAACAGCUGCAGGGCCUAGUUCACCUCUGCAGGCUUUGCUAGAACAGAUAAUGCAGUCUGACCUUUCAGGGAAGAGUCUAAGUAGACUUGCAGUGAAGGAAGCACUCGGAGCAAGAGUUAAGGUGCCCCCUGAUGUGCAGUAUUGGACUGCUGAAGAGAUACUGAGGUGGCUGUUGUCUCAGCAGCCCCCUGCAGACCACUGUCAGGAGAUGCUGUCGGGCCCAAGGCUCCCUUAUGUUGCGGGGCACUUGGGAGCAACAGGGAAAGGUGAUAAUUCAGAGGCACAUCUCUCAGUUUUGAAUCCAUUGUGUGAUUCAUACCAGAGCUCUCAACAGCAAGGUAAAGACCAGCUCCAUAACAAGGCCCAACAUCUGUGUGCCAGCAGUUGUGCUAAAGCACUGGAGACAGACAUAGACUUAGAGACACACCGACAGUCUUUCAGGCAGUUCCAUUAUCAGGAAGCCCAGGGACCCCAAGAAGCAUACAGGUGUCUGUGGCGGCUUUCCCAUCAGUGGCUAAGGCCAGAGGUCCGUAGCAAGGAGCAAAUUAUGGAGCUGCUGGUGGUCGAGCAGUUCCUGAACAUACUCCCUGAGGAGAUCCAGACCUUGGUACGUGAAUGUCAGCCAGAAAAUAGCAAGGAAGCUGUAGCCCUGGCAGAGAGAUUCCAGCUUCAUUUUGAAUCCAAGAGGCAACGGGACCAAGUACGGGUUACCUCCGAUAACAUGGUUGUAGAUUCUCCCCAAGAAGACGUGAACGAGGAUCAGAGACAACCCUGCAUAAAAGACAGUCGAGAAAAUACUAGGAAGGUUGGCUUACUAGGUACGGAAACACAUCUCCAGCUGAGGAAGAGACCCAGGUCAGAUCCGAGGGAGCAGAUUGUGCCCAAGCAGGAUGGAGAACACGGUGUGGCAGCAGCCAAGCAGAUGAAGCUGGGUACUAGCAGAGAGGAGCAAGAAAUGGCUGAAGCUGGAGAGAAAGCAAAAGAAAUGCCAACCUCCCUGCCAGGAAAGCAAGCUGGCAAGGCCAAAGGGCGGGGAAGAUCUGUCCCAGGUUAUAAUGUGGCCGGGGAGAGCCAGGCUGAGGGGGAAGCUAAGAUGAAAGGCAGUGGCCGCGUUUCAGAAGCCGUGAAUGGGGUACUCUCUUCCAGCGUGCUGCGUGAGCAGAAAGCAUCGGCUGGUCUUGGGCCAUCUCAGUUGGCUUUUGACAAGGAUGCAACUGUGUCCAGCCCCCAACCUGGGCAUGAUGGUCAUGGGUCUCCUGAUAUAGACAGACCUUCACUUAGUGACAGCAUUGACAUUUUACUGGAUUCUCCCUGGAGUGGAAAUGGCAGUGGUGACACAGCCCAUGAUGGGCCCCCUGGUUCCAGGAUGCUACCCCCCUGUGUGGGCUGUACCAUGUUGAAGGCUGAGUUGGAUACAGUACGUGAGGAGCUCCGAUUAACCCAAGCUUCCACACUGUAUGGGUUGAGUGGUACCUCUUUGCAAGACUUAUCAGAGGCUCUUGGCACUGUUGUACGUGUCCUGAACAACACAAAAUCUUUGUCAAGAACAAACACAUCCCAGAACAUUGCUGAAAUCCCUGGUAGGCCAGUAUGGCGAGAAAGAAAUGUAAGUCUCCCACUGCAUGGGCCGAAUGUACCCCCGAAUCAAGAAAUUCAGCAGCAAUAUAAAUAUUAGAAGGACCUGAUUUAAAAUGAGAGUGAAAAGCACCCUUUGCUCUGGAAUGCCUGAGACUUAUAACUACCCCUGCCCUUGAUCCCUUAUGCCUUUCCCAUCCUGUUGAGUUGCUUAGACUACAGCAGGCUCUGAAGCAGAUGCUCUUUGCCUGCUAUGGUGCAAGUGUCAUUCCUUUCUCUUUUUACUGUUACCCUUGUUUUUUUUAUACAGUAGUAAUCUCUUUCUUCCCUUUCCUGCUUAAGUUUAAAUAAAGCAACUGGGAAUGAUUUACUGUACCAUUUGUGGGCAAUAAAUAGCAUGUGCAUUGAA